AAGGGCGACGGUGCGGUGCGGAGUGUGCGGGCGCUGCGGCUGGUGCCUGGUGGGGAAAAAAAUUUGCUGCAGCCCGGCUGCAAACUAGGCUGUUUGCAGCCCCUCACAAAAAUGAGGAUAGGCCCCACCUGUAGGCCAAUAACACAACUAAAACGUUAUCUAGUAGACUUGCAGGUGAGGUCUAUCCUCUUUUUUGUUAGGGGCUGCAAACAGCCUGGUUUGUAACCGGGCUGCAACAAAUUUUUUUCCCCUGGUGGUGGUGGGGUAAAACGGAAUGGUAAACUGAAGCCAACUGCCAACCCAACGAAGGCCAGAACUGCGCGCGCGGAACCUGUUCGACGAAUUGGCGCACUGGCUAUGGCGCUGCUACGCGCCGCGCUAGCCCAGCCGUUAUCGCCGCGCCCCGCGCUCCCGGUCCGCCACCCUCCGACCUCGCUGACAGGCUCCAGGUUUAUCCUCGACUUCUCGCUUCCGCCACAUCCAGGCCCCGGCGCGCCCCGGCGCGAGUACCCCAGGAUCGAGGCGACGGCGAGGCGAGGCGCGCGAACUGAGAGCGCCAAGGUCAGGAACCGUCGGCUGCAGAAGAAGUUCAACGGCACGGCGACGAAGCCCAGACUCUCGGUGUUCUGCUCCAACCGGCAGCUCUACGCUGUGCUCGCCGACGACCACAACAAGAAGAUCCUCUUCUAUGGCAGCACGCUGCAGAAGUCCAUCUGCGGCGACCCGCCCUGUGGCACCGUGGAGGCUGCCCGGAAGGUCGGGGAGGAGCUCGUCAGGGUGUGCAACGAGUUGGGCAUCUCCGAGGUCUCCUACGACCGCAACGGCUUUGCUCGAGGCGACAAGAUGAUGGCGUUCGAGGUUCCGGUCUCACAGCACGGGUUCCUGCCAAGAUAGGCUGCAACUGUAGUGUCGCCCCCAGAAAGGAGGCACCAGGGCUUGCAUUGACAGUUCUCAGGAGACAGGGAAGUUGGUCACAUUCCAUGCGGAUUCUGUAUUCUGUAUUCUGUAUGAUCCAUCAGUCCUUGAUCAACAGGCAGUUCAUAUUUCACUAACAAGGACAGUUUCUCCGUACUCUAUACACGAUUCCAGUA